GCUUUAAAUCGACAUUCAACAAAAUAGGAACAAAAAAAUCAUUAUUAAACUUGCAUGUUUACAACAUUGCUGUACGUUAUGCUUCGCUGUGUACAGAGCUUCAUAACCAGGAAGAAUAUUUUGAAGGUCUCGGAUUCAUAAAAUGGCGACUCUCUCAAUUUUCAGUUUCUUUCUAUUGGUGUUUGUUUUGGGGAAAGCUGCUGGAGAUCCAUGUUCUACGUACAGUGUAAUGUCGGGAGAGAUUCGCCGAUCUACGGCCUAUACCUUGAAGCCUUCCGACACGGCCAUCUGUGACAACUUCCUGACAGAGCAAUGGUAUCGGAUAGACAGUCAGGCAGGGGAUGAGAUCGUCCGCUCCUGUCCCUCUAUGACGCAUUGUGGAACAAUGUAUCCCAUGUGGAUGAAUGGGAACCUACCGUUGACAUCUGACGGUGAAGUGGACAGGACCGUCUGUCAGAGUGGGAUUACUGGAUGCUGCGAAUCCUCGCUGACCAUUAAAGUCAAGAAUUGUGGGACAUAUUAUGUGUAUUUUCUGAGAAAGCCUUCUGGAUGUCCAAUUUCAUAUUGUUUUGGUACACUGUAUGUGAAUGAAACUACAACAACCACGACAACCACGACAACAACAACAACGACAACAACCGCUCCUCCGACAACAGCAAGUCCGUCUACAACAACUGAAUGUGACAAAGACGAGAGAGGGGGAAAAGAACACAGGCAUGGUAAACACCACAGUAAACAUGCGAUGAUGGCAUCCGCUGCUCUUGCUUUAGUGGUAUUUCUUAUAUUGCUAACACUGUUCAUCUUCAAACUUUACAAACGGAAGAAUCCAAAGACAAACGAAAAGGUGGAACCAAUCGACGCCGUUGCACCCGUUGAUGGUCCUGAGAAGACUCCACUCCCGGAACAAUGGGUGGUGGUCGUACCGUCAGCCCCGCCUCUUCAGCUGCAAAGCUCCUUCAUCAAGAAGACCCCGACGGAGGAGGUUUCUCAGCCGUGAUCUUACUGGGAAGAACACAAAUGUUGUUGUUUUUUAAACGUUAUUUCGUUUUCUUGAGAGUUUUUUUUUUUGCUCUACGUAUUAAAUAUAGUUCAUCAUGUGUCAUUUUAUUCAAAAUGCUGUGCAGUCCUGGUAAAGUUCAGUAUCUAAUUUUGAAAAAUCGAACUUUAUAUAAGUACAGUGUCAAGAUACAAAUAUAUACCGGUAUUUCUGUUUAUUACAGUAGAUAUUUACUUAUUUGAACAAGGUUUCGCCUUUUACAGUGGAAGAAAAGAAAUGUUUUUAGAAACCUGCUUGUUAAUUCACGCCAGUUAAGUUAUAUAUAGUUGCAUUCAAAAUUUUUAUCUCCAUUUUGAAUUCAUCUGUACAUAGCUUUCCCAUUUUUUUCAUUUUAGCGAAUUUUGAUGAAUAAACACAUAUUUUCUUUUGAGUUCCUAGAACGAUGAUCAGAUGUGAUCAGAAAAUAAAUUAAUUCUUCAUAGAUCUUAAUGUCCUUAGGUCACCCGAGUCACUUGGAUGACCUAUAAUUGCUUUUUCAAACGUCGUCUUGCGGUUAUGCAUCGCGGUUGUAGACAUUUUCGGCUUCAUUGUUGGCAUAUUGCACCAAUGGGUUAAUAAGGGUGGAAUUUUAUUUUAAUUCUAUGGUCCCUAUAUCCAGGGCCUAGAGUUGGGACUAAUACCAUCAAACUUAGUGCUAUUUUUAAAAACUCUUCUUUUGUACUUCUAGGCAUCAGACAGUCAAACACAUUGCAUGAAUAUUAUGCUUUGAGCCAUCUUCCUAAACUGUAAAAUUCAUGGUCCUGGGUUCACGGGUUCUGGAAUUGGGGCUCUAAUGAUUUUUAAGCAGAUAUACUACGAAGUGAAAAAAAAUAUAAAUCGGUUGUUCUAUAUACCUUAAGAUUUACUACUGGGGAUAAACGAAACAUUUUGUUGAUUCCUGAUCAUCCUAUUUCUCCUGGUUUUGGACAAAAAUAAAUAGGCAUAUCUUCAUCUUUUAGUUUAUUUUGUUUUAUUAUACUAAUAUCUGCAUUUUAUACAAUGGUGUAUUAUGCACGGGUGACUUGGGUCUGUUAAUUUUGCAUUUUCAUAUCUUUUACUUUUUUAAUGUUGAUUAUUUUCAGUGAAAUCAUUUACAUGUUAGAAUUGCUGUGAUAUUUUUAACACAUUAGUUUGUGCAUAUUUAUCGUGAUGUUUCAUGAUGAAUGGUCAUAUUGUUUAAAUAAAAUUAAAUUGAAAAUAUGCUA